AUGUCCUAUGUUGAGCUGGAUCUCUCCAUUCCCUUCUCACGCAAAUUGUGGGAUGCCAAAACUGCCGCUCAAUGGAAAGCCAUAUACCUUCAAGAAGUCCCCAAAACAAUGCCUGCCAUACCGUCUUUGGCCACCACUUUGGAAGAUAUCUCUGAUCUCAGUCGAUUCCCUCGUCAUGGGGAUCUUCGAUUGGCCGCUUUGGCAAAUAUGCAUGGCAUACUGGCUAUGGUCGUAGAUUGCAAUAAACCACGUCGCAGUUCAUCCGGUCAAUGGAGCACACUGGUUAUGAAGUUAUGGCAGCAAGAAUUGCAGCAAGUUUUGGAGAAAUUCGAAAUAGUUGCAGUCAAGCCUCUACAGCAAUCAGUACCAGCCAUUCCGCUCAUCUAUCACACCGCUUCACUGUCGUUAUACCUGCCACUAAGUAUCCUUGAGACAUUCACGGGGAAAGACGGUGAAGCGCGGUCGGUUGAUACAUACCAGUCGUAUAUUCAGCAAAUUAGUCUUGAAAAUCUGCGAAACGCAAGCUGGCAUGCUGGUCAGGUGCUGCGAAUCGCAAGAUGUAUGCCUUCCGGGUCACUCACUGCAUUUUGCGCAACUUGUCUUUACUUUGCUGCGCUAGCACUGUGGUCCUUAAGCACCGUCUUCUCAUUAAAUCCAUCGAUUUCAGAUACCAGGAUCGGUAAUGAGGAGCCUGUGUUUCUCUUGGAUGGAGACGCUGACAAUGCUACAUUACGUCGAUUCUUUCUUUCUGGGCAGGGAAACCCUGCUCUAUCAUCUUCCGGAAAGCAUGUGCCUUUGGGUGAUCGAGCGGCUGUCAUGGGUCUUUUCCAGCAACUGUUACGGUCGAAGCGCCGUGGAGGUACCUCUGAUCAGCAAACAAAAGCUUUGGAUCAUGCUUUUUGCGUUCUGGGAAAUGAUACUGUCACUCCCACUCAGAAUCACCGGAAUACCUAG